GUAUUUACAUUUUUUUCGCAAGCCGUUGCUGGUUUUGGCCUCACUACCGCCUACGGAAAUUUUGUGGUUAAAUAAAAAAUCAAAGUAAAAAAUUGCAAUGUUAAUUGCAGAACCUUUAAUAACCGUUUGUAUAAGCUGGAAUUGUUAAAAUCCAUACAUAUGUGUCUAGUGACUCGAUUAUUGUACUAAGUUUAAAGUUUGUGUACUAACUACAUAUACCAGUAGUUUGAAAUUUUUACUUUCAUACAUACAUAUAUUCUAUAAUUGGCUAUUGACGAAAAAUAAAACAAAAUUUAAACCAUUUUUUGUAUGGAAAUAAGAUUGUGUCGUAAGUGCAUUGGAGGUUCCGAGCUAAAAUAUGCGAAGAGCCCCAUAGAAAAUCAUGUGAAAAAUCGAUUGGAAAGUUUAGACUGGAAAUAUGUGUGAAACAACAUCGUUCCAAUAUAUGGAAUAUAACGCUGUGAAUUGUUUGCUUGAAUCUUUUAGUGCAAAAUGUCAAAGUUUGACAAUCGCCGCCACUAAAUGACAUCAGUAAGAAAAACUCCGUAAAUAUUUGCAACAAUUGCAAAUACGCAGAAACUAGUAAAGAAUAAAAACGGUGAAUGGUGGGAAUGCAGGUACGGAGGUGAGGACCAAAGGCGAAUAAAUGUGGAAGAGCGAGGUGAAAAUUUAUACAGACGUUCCCAGUUCCUGAGAGUGACGUUUUCGAAAUAAUGGAAUCAAAUCCCAAUGGGAUAAAAAUAGAGCCUACACUUGAACAGCAGCAGCAUUCACAGUACGCUACACAUCUACUCGCAUUGAAUGGACACAAUGCACGGCUUCUCAUCGAGCACCCUUCAACGUUGCUGGUGCCCUUGUCUCAUCAACAGCAACAACAGCAGCACCAACAGCAGCAGCAGCAACAACAACAGCAUCAGUUACAUCAGCAACAUCAACAGCACCACUUUCAACAGCACGACCAGCAAUUGCAACAACAGCAACUACAGUUAAGCUCAUUACCAGGGUAUCCGCAACCGCUUUCUCUAAAGCAACAGCCCGCCUCAACCCCGGUUCCUGCAGGUGUAACCACAACACACGGUCCAACAUCAGUUACAUCGUCUACUUCCUCACGUACAGCUGCACAACGCUGGAACGAAAGCCCUGAAGCCCGCGCUCGCCGCCUGGCACGCAAUGCUGAAAGGAUGCGUGAAAGGCGUAACCGUGAAAGUGAAGAUGAGUACCGCAAGCGUCUCUCAAGGAACGCUGAAGCGAAUCGUCUUCGCCGCCAAAAUGAGUCGGAUAUGGAGAGAGCAAUGCGCUUGGUGCGCAACGCAGCUAGGCAGAGACUUCGUAGAGCAAUGGAGUCACCAGAACAGCGGGCUAAACGUCUUCAGAAGCUUGCUGAACGUAUGCGCCUCUACCGCGCAAAUGAGACGCCAGAUCAGCGAAAAGUACGUUUGGCAGAAAUGGCAGCUCGCGCACGUCAGCGUAUUGCAAAUGAAACUCCAGAGCAACGGAAGGACAGACUGAGGAAGUUAAACGAUUAUGCAAAAAAGGUCAGAGAAACUAAGAAAAAAUCCAAGCAGGGGCAAAGUGAGAAUUCGCAGAAUUCGAGCCAAUUGCAAAGUACUGCUGCCAGUUCCACUAAUGAAAAUAUCAAUUUGAACCAGGCAGCCCCGCAAUCAACAGUCGCAACAAACAGCAACCUAGACCAACAACAACCACAGCAAUCCAAUGACGAACAACUAGCAUCUUAUCAACCACAGCAGACGACGUUAACCAAUCCCAUAGAGUACUAUCAAAAUAUGUUCAUGAGUCCGGCAACUUUGAGACCCGCUUUACUUAAACAGGAGCAACUGACAGCACAGCAGCAACAACUGACGAUGCAGCAAGGACGUUUCACACACCAACAGCAGCAGCAACAAACAAUACUAGAUUCUGAAUCAAAUAGCAUGUUCCCUCAACAACUGUAUGACAACGAUCAGAAACCUUCAGGAGCAACUGGUAACGGCACUUCAACAACGUCAUCUAAGUUGCCACAAGCGCAUGUACCACAAUUCAGCACAAUAGCCAGCUCCCUUGAAUUUUAUCAAAACAAGUAUAUGAAGAAGCAGGACCUUCAGACGAAUUCAACAAAUAACAGCGGGUCUGUUGCUGGAAGCAAUUUGCAGAACGAUUCCAAGGUGAUCGUAGCAUCAACGUCCAACAGUGAGAAUCCGAAAAUAAAAACUAAUUUUUCAGCAACCGCAUCAAACACUGGAUCAACCGUUGUGACUUCACCAUCUAGCACUCCCACCCAAGCCACCUACUAUCCUAUGUACCACAAUGGAUUUCAACUAAGUAUUCCACCGAAUACAGUGCCACCACCAUUUACACCUGUGCAUUUUACCAGUACGACCAACUCUGGCACAUCCCCUUCGUCGGGACAAGUUACACAGUCUGCAGUUGGCGGAGCUUAUAAUUUGCUUGCGAACACAUCAAUAACUGCUGCUGCAGCUGUAGCAGCUGUCGCUUCAUCCGCUACACAACAACAAGUUAUACAGGAUUUUCCAAAACCGGUCCGCGGUCGCCCUAGAAAGAUCAUCUUUUCAAACACAGGCACAGCCAACAAUGCCACUACCAUGAGCAACACGGGAGACUCAAAAAACGGCAUUUAUCUGCUGCCUACAGGGUCCACUGAAUCAACGGAGGACGCUCUACGACAACAAAAGGUGAGCGCCUUGCUUGAGCAAGAAAUUAAUCAAAUGCUCGCUUCACCACAGCAGACUCAGCGCCGCGGACGUGGUCAACAACAUUCCUCGCCCACAGGCUCGACCCGAAGCACCGGGCAUAAAUAUGAAACUGACGAAGACAAGCGUAGACGAUUGGAUAAAAUGGCAGCACACCAAAGGGAGGUAAGGGCGAAUGAGACUCCCGAGCAGCGAGCAGUCCGCUUAGCUAAGUUAUGCGAAAGGGCUCGUCUGAAACGUGCGGAAAUAAGAUCUACAGAAUCGCCAGAAGAGCGGAAAACACGUUUAUCCAAGCAAGCCGAGUACGCACGAAUGCGUCGUCUACGAACUCAUUCUCGCCGCCGCACUGAAGAUAGAGCUCGCGAACUUUACGAGGAACUUAAGAAGGAUGUUGAUAUAUCUAGCGAUGGUAAUGAAUCCACUGCUAACAGUAAACUGCAGGUACAAGAACAACAGCAGGAAAUACUUCAACAGCAACAACAACAACAACAACAGCAGCAACAACAACAGCAACAACAACCGCAGCAGCACCAGCAGCAGAUGUUGCAUGCUAAUGAAUCCUCGAAUUUGGUGACAGCACAACUUCAACAGCAGCAGCAGCAACAGCGUUUUUUAGCUUUAGCCAGUUCGCAAGGACCUCAGCAGCCAGAUCAACAGCAGAACCAACAACAACAAAUGUCAGCCUCUAACAACCCCUCUUACGGCAAACCGCCGUGCAAGGAAUAUAGUACACAGCCUGAAAAUAACGAUAUGCUUAAGAUCCUCGAGCCUAUCAUCGUAAUGAAAACAAAAUAAAGCUAUCUUUUAAUACAAAAUUAGCGAGUACACAA